AAAACCCUGAGGAGCGCAAGAGCCGGUCAGUGCUGUCAGUGUGCUGGUAAAAUGAGCCAUAUCGAGACGCGACUCCCUCUCAAACAUUUAACAAGACGACAUCUUCAACGCGUCUAAUCUUGUAUUGCGAGUAACCACCGCUGGAGAUUUCUAACCGUUUGCUAGGCUACCUAACGUUGAUCAAUUGUUCCUUCUGUGCGUUGUGGCUGAUUCUCUGUUGCGCUGGAUCUGUCGUGUCAGAAGAUGUGUGUGGAGAGCGAUGGAUGCGAGAUAGAGGGCUGCAGCAGUUCUGAUGAGGUGCACACUCUCUCGGGCAGCAUGAGUCCUGGACUGAAAUCUAACCCGGACCUCCAUCCCUGCAAGCCUGGGCAGAAAUUCCGAGCCGCGCUGCUUAGAUGCCGUUCCCCGGCGGCUGCGGCUGGGAUUCUCAGUUUUGGGAAUGUGCUCAAUUACAUGGACAGAUACACUGUGGCAGGGGUUUUGCUCGACAUCCAGAGACACUUCAAUGUAUCGGACAGUGGAGUGGGCUUGUUGCAAACAGUUUUCAUCUGCAGUUUCAUGGUGGCAGCACCCAUCUUCGGUUACCUGGGCGACCGUUUCAACAGGAAGAUCAUCCUAAGCUGUGGCAUCUUCUUCUGGUCCGCCGUCACCCUCUCCAGCUCCUUCAUCACCAAAGAGUAUUACUGGCUGUUCGUCCUGUCCCGAGGCUUGGUGGGGAUAGGUGAAUCCAGCUACUCCUCCAUUUCUCCGACAAUCAUCGGAGACCUCUUCACUAAUAAUAGCCGAACCAUGAUGCUCUCUGUCUUCUACCUGGCUAUCCCCCUGGGAAGCGGGCUAGGCUACAUCCUGGGCUCCAGUGCAAAGGAGGCUGCAGGAGACUGGCACUGGGCAUUGAGGGUAUCUCCAGUGCUGGGGAUGACAGCAGGGACCCUUAUCCUGUUCUUCGUGCCUGAGCCAAAAAGAGGGCAUGCUGACCAGCUAGGAGGGCGCAUCAAACAUCGCACCUCCUGGCUCUGUGACAUGAAGGCCCUGGCCAAGAACCGUAGCUAUGUGUUCUCCUCCCUGGCGUCUGCUGCGGUGUCGUUUGCCACGGGGGCAUUUGGCAUGUGGAUCCCUCUCUACCUGUUCAGGGCUCAGGUGGUACAGAAGACAGCAGAGGCCUGCACUAAAGACAUCUGCAGCAGCAAGGACAGUCUGAUCUUUGGUGCGAUCACGUGUGUUACGGGGCUGCUGGGGGUGGUGAUCGGGGCGGCCACCACCCGCCUAUGUCGUCAGAAGACUGAGCGGGCGGACCCCCUGGUGUGUGCCGUCAGCAUGCUGGGCUCAGCCAUCUUUGUCUGCCUCAUCUUCGUCGUGGCCAAGAAGAGCAUCAUAGGAGCUUAUGUCUGUAUCUUCAUAGGGGAAACGCUGCUCUUUCUGAACUGGGCCAUCACGGCAGACAUUUUAAUGUAUGUUGUCAUUCCGACUCGGAGGGCCACAGCGGUUGCCUUCCAGGGCUUCACUUCCCAUCUCCUGGGGGAUGCUGGAAGCCCAUACCUCAUAGGCCUGAUAUCGGAUGCCCUCCAGAAGAGCUACACUAGGUCGGUGCUAUGGCAGUUCCUCAGUUUGGGUUAUGCCCUCAUGCUCUGUCCCUUCGUCAUCGUCCUGGGUGGCAUGUUCUUCUUGGCAACCGCCCUCUUCUUCCUCGAUGACAGGGACAAAGCAGAGAAACAAUUGGCAGCAAUGACGCGACCACCCUCCUCAGUAAAGGUAUGACAAGGUCUCCUGAGGAGGGGCCGUCCUUGGGAGGAAGCAGAGGCUCUGCAUGCUGCGCUGAACGAGGGGAGGAUGAAAGAGAGAGAGAGAGGGGCAGCUGAUCCACGUCUUCUUUACCCAAGCCAUCCACCUUUAACUUCUUCAUCCUCUUCAUCACCACCCUCAUCAUCACUUUUCUUAUUCAACAUGUUAGGUGGAGGCUGUUACUGUUUAUAACUGGAAAGAGGAAGCGCUUUGUUUAACCCUAUAGAAGCCUCAGUCACACCACUCCAUGGACUGGCCAAUCACACAAAGCAGUGGGCUGAAGCCAGCCAAUUGGCUCGGCAGCUGAUGGCCUCUGACCUUUUCGGGUUGUCUACUAAGAGCGAGUCACAGAACCACCUGGCCCCUCCCCCAGUGCUAUACUACUGAAUGCUGGACAUGGACCUGCCCUAUCUGUCUGUCCGUCCAUCUGUCUGUAUGUCUGUCUGUCACAUGGCCUGUCAAUCUGCACCAAGAGCAAUAUCAUGACAUUCCACCACACAGAGGUUCCUUUACUGACUGCCGUCACUAUAACAACCAUCAAAACCAGGAAGUCACUUAAAGGCCAAAAAAUGUAUAAAUAGUGAACAAAGUCAGUGACCCCAUUUCUCUCUCUCCAUCCACCAUGACAGUCAGGUCUGAUGAUCCAUCCAGCCAGCCUUAAGACUUUGAGCUUAUACAUUAAUGACACACAGUGCAGGCAGGUUUCUUAUUUUCUUUUCACCCCCCCCCUCCAUGUUAUAUUUUGUUUCUAUGUCUUUUUUAGCACUUAUAUUAAAACAGUGCCGGCCACACCGUACCAUACUCAGUAAGUGAUCAAAGAUGUUUUUAUUCUACCCUGUGAUGUUGGAUAUGAAACUGGAGGUUAUUCUUGAUUGCCUAUGAUUGUUUCAGUAGGCUUAAGGUGAGACCUCCCCAGCUCAUUGAUGAAAGGACACUGGAGUAGUACAUGUUUUAUAGUUAUUCUAAUGUAAAAUGUUUUUUUUUUUUUUUUUUAACAUGUAAAUGCUCCAUUUGAACCUAUAGAAGCAGUUUUGAAGGGGUGAAUGAUAUACUUGUUUUUACCCUGCUUUGAAGGGAGCAAUGCAUUCUAUACAGUGGGAGAAGUAGCCUAGCAUGCAUUGGCCCUAUCUGUGAACAAUGUUCCUUUUAACCAAAUUUAUCUCAGAUGGUUGGAUUUGAGGUUCCGGACUGGAUACACCACCCACGUUGAAAGAGAGUGACAGUGGCACCUUUUAAUGGUGGAUUAAGAUUCACUAUCCCCAACCAGUCACAAUAGCUGUCUUUGUGCACACACAGGGAUUGUUUUACCCCUUGUGGAUAUCCCAUUCCUGGAGUUGAGGAAAGAAAAGGA